AUGGCGAACCUUUGCAAGACGGGCAAAUUUGCGAAAGGUUUGGCUUGCCUACUCCUCCUCAAGUUCCUCCUCAAGUUCCUCCUCAAGUUCCUCCUCAAGUUUCUCCUCAAGCUCCUCUUCAAGUUCCUCGUCAUUAUCCUCCUCCUCCUCACCCACCUCCACAUCAUCCACCUCCUCUUUAUCUUCAACCUCAACCUCAUCCUCCACCUCUUCAACCCCGACAUCCCCGAGCGCCUCGCCUGCCCCAGAAACAACCACGCCUGCAACUACGUCUACGUCUACUGUCACUUCAACUUCGAGCUCUAG